AUGAACGACACAGCUAUUGAUCAUUACAAAACAGCAAUACAAUUAUUAAUGACGUAUAAAGAAAAAACUGGUGACGAAGAAUAUUUACAAAAAACUGUACAUUUACAUUCUUUAGUGGGAGAUUCUUACAAUAGCAUAAACGACGAUACUAAUGCUACUGAAUAUUACGAAAAAGCUUUGAAAUAUAACGUUUUACCGUUUUCAAUGACAGAUGAACUGCACACAAACCUUUCAGAUUUGUAUAAAAAAAAUGACCAAAAAUACCUUAUGGUUAUUGAACAUUUAAAACAAUCGUUAAAUAUAAAAGCGAAUAAUGACAAUGAAAAUGAUAAAAAUAUUCUCGAUAUAGCCUCAUUGAAUAAUGAUAUUGGAUGGCAUUAUUAUAUAAUUGACGACUGUGAUUUAGCAUUGCUACAUUGUCAGAUAACAAUGACUUUGUAUGAAAAACAUUCGGGCAUACUUAAUAAAAAUAUGGAUUAUGCAAAUGUUCUUAGCAGUUUGGAUGUUAUUUGUUAUAAAUCAAAAGAUUAUAAUAAAGCCUGGAAUUAUUGUUGGAGAUCAAUGUCAAUACUAAAACAAGACAUGUCAUCCAUUGAUGAUUAUGAUACGGCGUAUGCAUGCAAUUACGAAAUACUUGGCAAUAUUUAUCUAUCAAAGAACAAAAAAAAUUUGGCAUAUAAUUGUUUAAAAAAAGCCUUGAGUUUGUUUAAAAAACAAGAGUCAAACAGUUAUAGUAAUAAUAUAGCAGCUAUUGAACAAUCAUUCGAUCAAAAGUUCAACAUCGAUGAUGUGUAUUACGAUGUUGAUGACGAAUUUGAAUGGACAACUAAAGAUAUUAACAGCGUCGAAGGACUGCCUUCACCACCAACAACAAAACGGAAAAAAUUUUGA